AUGACGCCACUUGGGACUGGUGUUGGCAACAUUAGUCCACAAAUAUGGGCUGAGCAAUGCGUGAUUGCCAUGAAGCAGUGGGUCGAGGCCGUCGAGAAUCCUGUAGUCUGGGGCAAUUUGGGUUGGGGCAAGAUACUGGAUCAUCAUGUCGAAGUUGCGGCUACAUAUGGCAAGGAGUACUCGCAGCACCCCCAACGCCUCAAUGCAUAG